ACGAUCAUGUGUGUUGAGGAGAGCUGUGCUGUUACUUUACCAAGUGAUCAGAUGCAUCGGGUUAAAAAAUAAUAAUAUUACACCUUAGCAAUGCCUUUAGCACUGUUCAGAAGGUGAAAGCGUGCGCUGUGGCUCUAUAUGACUUGCAUGAGGAGUGAUUGGGUCGAUUACCCCAUUAGAUAGAGGAUGAUGGGUUUGGAUCAUUCGCUCCGUGUGUUGGGGAUCGUUUGAUGUUGAAUUGUUGUCACCAGUCACACAGAUAACCAAAUUCUGCACAUACUUGCAGACUGAAGCCAGCCUAUAAAAGUCAGUCCCCUCACACACGGACGACACACACCUUCUGAUGCACGUAAUUACACUGAUUUGUACAGUCCCACAUCAUCAAACUGUUCAGAUUGUGAUGUUUAAAUACUCUAAAUACUAAAUAAUAUUUAUAACAUUAUUUUUUUCAUUCAUUGCUAUUUAUUUAUUGUAUUUUUGUACAUGACCACAAUUUAUUUUGAAGCAAGACAAAAGGAGAGAAUACAAGACCGUACAGAUGGACACGACAUGCUUGGAAUCUUUCUCAUGCAUGAUUAUAUCUGUAUUUGUGAUAUUGCUUCUGCCGCUGUCAUCCACAUCUCUUUUUCCUUCCCAGAAUGCAACAGUGUAUUUGGGAUCUAGUUUCAUUCAGGAAGCUUUACGGCGAGCCCGAGAGCUGACAGAUGCUGCCUACGAUCACACCAAUGAGAGAAUGAAGUCAUCUGUAUCAGACGGUUCUGUCCGACCCAGUGACCUGUUGGCCUUGUUUAAACAAACUGGCCCGAAAACCAAAACCCACAUCAGAUCCGCCGAGUUCCUCGACAACACGGUAGAGCUGAUAAGAGAGAUGGUGUACACACACUCCAUGGACAAACCCGACCUCACCGAGCUUUUAAGUGCAGAAGACAUGGAGACGAUACUGCAGGCCACAGGGUGUUCGGCUGAGACGCAGAGACCCGUGUGUAAAUCAGACUGUCUGUCCCAGCGCUACCGUACCAUCACAGGACACUGCAACAACAGAGAAAACCCUCUCUGGGGCGCAGCGAACACCCCUUACGCCCGCUGGCUCUCGCCCGAGUACGAGGACCCCCGAGGGGCCCCGAGGGGCUGGAACACACAGCACACGUACCAUAACUACACACUUCCACCUGUCCGCAGUGUGUCGCAGGAGGUUUUGUACACUCAUAAUGAGAACAUCUCUCUGGACUCGUCUCUGUCUCAUCUGCUGGUGGAGUGGGGUCAGUGGAUCGAUCAUGACCACUUUGACCCCCAGAGUCCCAGCACUGCGGCCUUUAAGACCGGAGCCGACUGCACACGCACCUGCAGCCGGGACACGCCGUGUUUCCCAAUACAGAUCCCCCUCUCAGACCCUCGCACGGGGACUCAGACCUGCAUGCCGUUCUUCCGCUCGGCUCCCAGCUGUACGGGCGGCACCGUUCCUCUCGGGCACCGGGAGCAGAUGAACGCCAUCACCGCAUUCGUGGACGCCAGCAUGGUCUACGGGAGCUCGGAUGCGCUCGCCGGCGUCCUGAGGAACCUCUCGUCCCCCGUCGGCCUGCUCGCGGUCAAUCAGUUCCACUCGGACCAAGGGCUCGGCUUCAUGCCCUACCUGCCCCGCACGCAACCUCACCUGGACCCCUGCGGCCCACGAGAGCGGAUCAACACCAUCCCCCGACCAGAGGCAGCGGAGAGGCUCAACAUAUCCAUGGGGAAUAGAUCCUUCUGUUUCCAAGCAGGUGACUCUCGAGCCAAUGAGCACUUGGGUAUGAUCGCUCUGCACACACUCUUUCUGAGAGAACACAACCGAUUGGCUGAGGAGCUUCACAAGCUCAAUCCUCAUUGGAGCCCGGACACGCUGUACCAGGAGGCCAGGAAAAUACUGGGCGCCGUCCACCAGAUCUUGACGUGGGAUCACUACUUGCCACGUGUCCUGGGCCGCAGUGCUAACCUGGUCCUCAUGCCCCCGUAUAAAGGUUACGACCCUGACGCUGACCCCAGCAUCUCCAACAUUUUCUCCACCGCUGCCUUUCGGUUUGCACAUGUGACCGUGCACCCGGUUGUGAACCGCCUUGGACCUGAUUACCAGUUGAGCCCCGAACACCCGGCUUUGCCGUUACACCACUCUUUGUUUGCAUCCUGGAGGAUGGUGCAAGAGGGAGGCAUCGAUCCAGUGCUGCGUGGUUUACUCUUAUCCCCAGCUAAACUGCAGACAGCAGAUCAGAUGAUGGUGGAGGAACUGACCGAGAGGCUUUUCCAGGCUCAGGGAGGACUCCCGCUCGACCUAGCGGCGUUAAACCUGCAGAGGGGGCGAGAUCACGGCUUACAAGGUUACAGUGCAUGGAGGAAACUCUGCGGCCUCUCCGCCCCUGCCAACGAGUCUGAUUUAACAGGGAUUCUGGGUAAUGUGGUUCUGGCCCGGAAGCUGCUGCAUCUCUAUGGGUCGGCUGAGAACAUAGACGUGUGGGUCGGGGCGAUCUCAGAGCCGGCUCUGCCCGGGGGUCGCGUGGGGUCGCUGCUGGCGUGCCUGAUCGCAAAACAGUUCAAAACGCUCCGAGACGGUGACCGGUUCUGGUGGCAGAGUGAAGGUGUGUUCAGCUCUGCUCAGAGAGACGCUCUCCACACUACAUCUCUGUCCCGCAUCAUCUGUGACAACACACACAUCCAUUUGGUGCCGAAUGACCCCUUCGCACACACACUCCGCCCUGACGACCUCCUGCCCUGCACACACAUCGCCCACAUGAACCUCUCAGCGUGGAGAGAAGCAGACGCUGACCCGGUCUGUGGUGCCGUCCCGCGGCUGCGUCUGGGUUUCUCUGUGCUGUGUGACUCUGUCGUGAUGUAUCAGUGUCCUACUGGAUACUUGCUCCAGGGGGCCGCACACGUGACCUGUGACCACAACACUCACAGCUGGAGCCCACAACCACCCACCUGCCAAGAUAUCGAUGAAUGUUCAUCUCAUCCGCCCGUCUGCCCGUCGCACCUGCAGUGCUUCAACACACCCGGAGGUCACACCUGUACAGAAGCUGCAGCUCCGCCCCUUUCUGCCUCCUCCAUUGUUGCAUCAGUGAUGUCAGUCCUAGGGGGCGUGGCUUUGAUUCUGCUCUUCCUCGCAUGCUACAAAAGAGUCGCCCUUGGGAAAGCCGAGACGGCGAAGGCAGAAUGCUGUCAGAGAGGAAGAUGAACUGGUCACAAUCGGUCUGUGUUUACAUGUUUCAUAACCACAGUCUCGUUUCACUGCGUUCUGUAUGUGUUCAAGCCUGCAAAGCAUUUUUAACAUUCUCCCAGUGUCCUCGCCCUUGAGAUAAGCUUUUGUCUGUGGUAAAUCUGCCGUCGGCUCUCCCACGCGUGACCUCACAAAUAAACCUUGCUUUGUUGUAGCUUAGCCUUGAGUUUCUACACGUAUUGAGACGUGAAAUUAUGCAUACAUGUGUGUACGAUGCAUUUUAAACUAUUAUUUCAAGCAUCAUAAAUUCAUUCUAUGAAAUCUUCCAUUAUCCCAUAAAAUCAUAAUUAUAUAUAUAUAUAUAUAUUCAAUGCCUGUCGAAGUCCAAAAAUAUAUGAAUAAAGCACAAUUUCUUACACGCUGUAUACUUGUUUUGGGCACAUUUCUUGGCACAACGUUCACAAAAACAAAUCCGAGUCACACA